UUGCCGGGUUAGCAUCUUCAACAUCUACGUUCUAAUCGUUCGUAAGGUUUUUAGAUUUAUCAAACAAAGUAGGAGAGAGAAAGAAAAGGCAGAAAGAUGCUAAGAAUCCUCUUGAUUGCGCUACUAUUGUACGCUUUGACUACCGCUGUCGAGUUCGAGGACAACUUUAAAAAUUGUCAUCCCGAUAAGUUAGGGUUUGAUGCCUGCGUACGAGAGGGAUUAAAUUCGAUUCGACCUUAUUUCAAAACUGGUCUACCUAAAUACAAUGUGCUCCCGUUUGAUCCAUUUUUUGCCAAAGAGGUAACUGCCACGAGGGGAGUUCCGAAUUUCGGUUUUAUUUUAACCCUCCGAAAUGUCACUGAAACGGGAUGGGCCAUCAGUAAAGUAACAAAGUUCAUCUCCGAAUUGAGAAAUUACAGGAUUGUGUACACGCAAAGCUUCCCGAAGAAAGUGCUGAAUGGUAAUUACGAAUUUAAGGGUGAAUUAUUCAGCUCCACUAUAACAAACAAAGGAAGAUUUACCCUCAUCUUAUACGAUCUAAUGCAAACGACUACCGUGACUAGAUUACCGGGACAAAAAGUGCGGGCUCAAAUGGAUGUUGAGAGCAUCAAUAAUCUAGAACUUCACAUCACAAAUCUUUUAUUUGGCAAGCAAUUGCUUGAAAAUAUUCUAGAUAAAAUAAUCAACACUACCUGGCAACCUGGUUUCGUGAUAACAAGGGGUUUAAUCAACGAGCUCGUAUCGACUGCCUUUACAGAAAUUUUCAAUAAUUCCUUCUAUAAUUUUCCUUUCGAAAAAAUUUUCAAAUCGAAUCAAUCUAUAAGUUAAAUCAAUUACAUCUGUCAAGUAAGCUAUGAUUGAAUGAAUAAAAGCGUCUUUUAAUUAAUGUCUU